AUGAAGGUGGGGUUGGUGCUGGGUCUCGAUGGAGCCGGGAAGACAGUGCUGCUUCGCCAACUCAGCCGCAUUUGCAAGGACAACGCCCGUACCCAUCCCGAGCUUGGAUCCGUCUUCGAAAAGGUCUACACGCACCUCUUCUCACACUCGACACCACAUGAUGUCGCUCCAGAAGACACCGUCAACGUUGCGACCGUGCCAACAACAGGUGUUGAAGAGGAGACGAUUUCAUAUCGCAGCAUGACGGUCACGCUGCGAGAAGUCGGGGCGCCGAUGCUGACCAUGUGGAAGUCGUAUUUUGAAUCGAGCGACUUCUUCAUGUUUGUGGUGGACAUGACCAACUUCCCGCAGUUAGCGACCGCUGCUGUCGAAUUCUUCAACGUAUUGCAUGCCCCGGCCAUGCAAGGCAAGAUGGGGUUUCUCCUAUUCAACAAAAUCGACGCACCCUGCACCGUGCCGACGCAAUGGCUUCGGUCCCUCUUUAGCCUCGAUCAAGUGUGUGCUUCCAUGAACAUCUAUGUGAUCCAGAUCAGUGCGACCACUGGCGACCACUUGGAUACGCUGCUGUCCACAAUGGCCGCGAAGAUGCAACCGAUGCGGUACAGCCAAAGGUUGAGUCAAUUCCGUGACCCAAGUCAAAACCGAGUUUACCCGACUACUCACGCCUAA